UCCAUUCAGCUUGAUUCCUGAGAAGAUUGCCCUCGCUGCUCCUCAGGAUGGAGCCCAUCAUCCACCUCCUACAGGGGUCACCUGUAAUACUCCACAUGUCUCAUUGUCCUGACUGGAGGAGACAGAGGUGAAAUUUGCUUUACUCUCCCCAACAUUUCUGAUGGAUUUCUGACGUUUAGUGGGUUUUCUGCUUGUUUCUCAAUGGAAUGCAAUCUCUGAGCUGCAGAGGUUAAUUCUUCUACAGGAGCUCUCCGCCCUCUUAUCAGAAGAGACUUUUCCACUUUCGGUUCCUGCUCCUCCGUACCACAAUGGCGUCUGCUGACCUGAGGGCCGAGCUGGACUGCUCCAUCUGCCUGAGCCUCUAUACAGAUCCCGUAUCCCUGAGAUGUGGACACAACUUCUGCCGCUCCUGUAUUGUGAGUGCGCUGGAUGCACAGGAGGCAGCUGGAGUGUAUUCCUGUCCUGACUGCAGAGCAGAAUAUCCGGUGCGUCCGGCCCUGGAGAAGAACAGGAAGCUGGGGAACAUAGUGGAGCGUUUCUUAUCUGCUCAGCCUCACAUGGAGGAGACCGGGAUCUUCUGUACUUACUGUACUAAGUCUCCUGUACCGGCUGUGAGGACAUGUCUGCAGUGUGAGGCCUCGUUCUGUGAAAAGCACUUGAGUAGACACAGUAAGUCAUCAGAACAUACUUUGGUUGAACCUACUGCUACCCCGAAGGAAAGAAAAUGCUCCACACACAAGGAGGCGCUGAAAUACUAUUGUCCUAUAGACACCUGCCUGUAUCUGUGUGUCCUGCUGUCCUGGUCGGAGACCACAAGGGACACGACGUGGAGCUACUGGAUGUGGCCUCUGAGAAGGAGAAAGAGAAGCUGA